CAAAAUUAGCAGUCGGAAAUAUAGGGGCAUCGCCGUCGUCAAGUGGCCAUCGCCAACGUCCCGCAGCCUCCGCCUCCGCCUCCCUCCUCCUCCUCCAACCUUCAAUCACCUCGUCCCCACCGGCGGCCCCGGCAAUAAGAACCCGAAUCGCGCCCCGUCCCCCUCGCUCAGAAUCCCGGCGAAUCUCGCGCCGGACGCAGGAAUCAAGAAUCCCCGGGGAUAUUCAUCGGGAAUCCGGGAAGAAAGCCCCGGCCUUGGCGGUCCGGCCAUGGACACGGAGCCGCUGCUCCCCACCACGGCGCCGCAGCCGCUCCACCCGCUGCCGGAGCACGCGACGCUCUCCAACUUCGACCUCGCGCCGCCCUCCUCGCCCUGCCCCUCCCCGGCCUCCUCCUACAAGGACCGCCUCAUCUUCGGGCCCCACGACCCGCCGCCGCCGCCGCCGCCCCCUCCCCCGCCGCAGUCCGCGCGCCACUACCGCCGCAUCUCCGUCCCCCACCCCGACCCGUUCCGCGACUACGACCACCCGUCCUGCUCCUCCUCCCCACCCUCCAACGAGGACGGCCAGCCCCAGCCCACCACGCCCUCGCUCUUCAAUUUAAUCAGCGGCCGCACCAACCUCCACCGCUCCCGCACCGCGCCUGCCAUGGCGCCGCUCAGCGCCGCUGUCCUCGCCGCCUCCGCCCAGGCCGACCACCAGAACCCGCCCCCGCCGCCGCGGAGGCCGGCCAUCGUGCUGCACGCCUUCCUCUUCCUGCUCGCCUACCUCGCCCUCGGCGUCUCCUUCUACGCCGCCUUCCCGGCCAACUUCACCUCCUCCGCCGGGCCCACCCACCCCGUCGUCGACGCCCUCUACUUCUGUAUCGUCACGCUCUGCACAAUUGGCUACGGGGACAUCACCCCGGCCAGCCCUGCCGCCAAGCUCUUCGCCAUAUCCUUCGUCCUCAUCGGCUUCGGCUUCGUCGACAUCCUCCUCUCUGGCAUGGUGUCCUAUGUGCUCGACCUCCAAGAGCACCUCCUCAUCACCGCCAUCAAGAACCCCCGCUCUGCACGCAAGCACCGGCACAACUACAUCUUCGACAUCAAGAAGGGCCGAAUGCGCGUGCGCAUGAAGGUCGCCCUCGCGCUUGGUGUGGUGGCCAUCUGCGUCGGCAUUGGGGCCACUGUGCUCAGGAAGGUGGAGAACAUGGGCUGGCUCGAUGCCGUGUACCUUGCAGUGAUGUCGGUGACCACGGUCGGAUACGGCGAUCACGCGUUCCGGACACUGCAGGGCCGCCUUUUUGCCUCUGGGUGGCUCCUCGUGUCCACACUAGCCGUGGCACGGGCAUUCCUCUACUUGGCAGAGAUGAGGAUCGACAAGAGGCACCGUGCCAUGGCCAACUGGGUGCUGUCCAGAGACAUGACCGUGUCAGAGUUUCUCGCUGCAGAUAUCGACAACAAUGGCUAUGUCACGAAAUCGGAAUUUGUGAUUUACAAGCUGAAAGAGAUGGGGAAGAUUUCGGAUAAGGACAUCAAGAUGAUCGUGGAGCAGUUCCAGAGGCUGGACUCUGGAAACUGUGGAAAGAUCACGCUCUCGGAUCUCCUGCAGAGUCACCACCUGGGCCAUGAACCGAGGGACAUGAAAAGGGGGAAGAAUUCAUGACGGAUGGCGCCGAGCCGAAAAAACCCGUAGGACAGCAAGAAUUUUGGGACUGUAAAAUGCAUGAAAGGAAGGUUAGAGCUAGGAUGCCUGCGCCGGAUGGGAUCAUUUGAAGGUAGAAUAGCUCCAGAUAAGUUACCAGCAUGGGUGGAAUGAUCCUACUGCCCUAGAAGCGGUGAGAAGAUCAUUUCUUCAUGCCUGUAGGAAGGAGGCUGUAAAUACAAGCAAAGCGGUUAUCGAGAUUCUUUUCUUUGGAAAUAUAUGUGGCGGGUGAGGUGAUCUGUUUUGACCUCUCACUCGUAAUGUUUC